AGUAUUAACUGGCUGCGGUCCGUCGACGUGACUGGAUCCCCCCCCUCCGCUCGCUCCCCUCCGGUGACGGGCCUCUCGUUCUGCUUCACUAUCCCCGUCUGCUAUCCGCCCCCUCUCUCUGGUGGUGCCAUAUUGGACCAUCCGUCUUUCGUUACCCUCAUCAUUAUUCUGGAUUGCGCCGCGGGUCACUCGUUUUUUACUCCCCCAUCUCCCCUCUCCCCCCUCCCUCCACCUCUUCUCCCACCAUCUUCUCUCGCUUGAAUUUUGUUAACUGGGGCGUCGUCGAACCCCCGAGCAUCCAAACAUGGCACACAUCAACUUCUUCGUCAACUGGGAAUUAUGGCAGCAGAUGACCUUUGUGCUCGCCGCGGCCAUCGUCGUAGUAUUCCUGGCGGGCUUGGUCAAGCUGUGGUGGCUGAGCAGAUAUCUGAAGAAGCAUACCGUACUCGACGAAGAAAAGAGGAUUAGGCACAUGGAGAUGCGCAAGAGCGGCCUCCCCGUCGGAAAGCGGGCGGACAUCCCGUUCGGCGUGCGCGCAAUACAAAGCGGCAUAGAGGUGGACGGUAUCUGGAUAUCGAGGCCCAGCACACCAGUGGGGCUCGGUCAAAGCAGCCCGUCGUUCGCCUCGUCGUCGACGCUCGAGUCGGAUGGUAGGCUGAAAGGCAAAGAACGAGAAAAUGACAUGGUCAUAUCGGGCGGUGUUCGGCACUCGACGAUGACGGUGACCGAGGUCGAGCCAACGCCUGCGCAAAGCCCACAACCAAGCCCACAGAUCACUCCGACUAGUCUCUCUGAACGGCGCAUCCCGAGCGACGCCAACCAGACCCAGGCCAGGGCAUCCCUCCCCCCUGGGCGGCCUACGUACCAACCCAAGGGUUCUUCGCGUCGUCGAACUAUUGAUACCUCUGGUGGCGCAUCUUUCGAUGCUGAGACGUUGAACCGGCUCGAGGCCAAUUUCGUUAGACCUCGGCAGGUUGAAACCUACAUUCCGACAAAUUCGUCAUCUAGCUCCCAGUCCUCGACAUCCUCACGCCCGAGGACCACGGUCGGGCGCAACUCAACCUCGUCGGAGGAGGACGUCGGCCAUUCGAACAUGCGCUACACACCCACCUCCCGCCGCUCUGGUAUACCCAUGGUUCGGACGCACCCCCUUCACGAUGAUGUAGGGUCGCCGCCGUCGAACGCGGGCUCUCUCUCGGACACGCCGGCUAAGCAGACGCGACAUCCUAGUGAAACACAGACCCCCGGUUCAUCGCCGCCGAUUUCCCGGCCCCCGUUAGCGGCCAAUAGGCCGAUACCCCACCGUACGUACUCGGGUGACGCCUACGCGAACACGACCAUCAGGAGAGUCAAUGCGGGGUUUGAACUUCUACCUGCUGGUACGUUCGACCAGCCCCAAAGCCAAAAUGGCGCCGAGAAUGUCCAGCCGAGGAGCCACAGUAAUAGCCGAGCUCAUAAGGGCCGCGAUCGAUCGUCAAGAUAAUGUCUAG